GUAUUUUCAUUACAGAUUUAUUUGAAUGGUUGUAAAUGUUGGAUGAGGCAGCAUAAUGUGGAUACACAAACUACCACUACUGUUGCUGCCAUUAUUGUCUCCGACUCAGGCUGCUUCUGCCACAACAACGUUCGUAGAAGGAGGAUGCUACGGUGAUAGUGUAGUGGCGCCCCUGGCGACUGUGUCUGCAGGCAACUAUGACCCUGGUAGUCUCACUCCUGAAGUUUGCCAAGACUUUUGUGGUCGACUUCACUACACUCUUGCUGCCGCUGAUGAGGGCAAAUAUUGUUACUGCUUUCAGAAUUUGGGAACGUUGGUAAAUGCCACGGGACAGUGUUUAGCUACCUGUAGUGAUGGUUCAGUGUGUGGAGGGACAGCUGGUAACCUUACAGUGUGGACGGCAGGUGUUCUAGAUGGCCACCUUAACUUUACACUCACUGGAAAUACUACAGUCUUCCCUGCAAAUACUACCGUGAACCUGACUGUCAAUGCUACUAGCACAUGGGUCACAAACUGGGGUGAUGGGUCACCUUACAUUAUAAACGGCACCAAUCACACCUACACUAUGGCUGGCCACUUUAAAAUUAUUGCUUACCUGGAAUUGCUGCCAGACGUGAAGGAUGGUAUUAUAAUAACUGUGAUUGGAAAGCCCAAUGCCACACUGACGUGUCCUAGUUAUGUUACUGUUGGAGUGCCAACUGUGUGCCAACUCAUCUCCUCGGAUCAAGGUUAUGAUAACGUGAUAAAUGCUUCAUUUACUGAACCAGGAGUACCUAACACUUCGUAUCCUGUCCCAGGUAAAAAGAUCAAAGUAUAUGGAUCAAUAAUGGGUUCCAUAACUCCAGUAACUUCUCACUUUGUGGCCACAACCACCGCUGUUAUGUUCCAUGUUGAUGGUGUCAAAGCUGGUUAUCUAUCCCAGGUCACACUUAUUGCUACUAAAGUAGGAUGGGUCGCUCUCUACGCACUGUUCCCUGGGUGUUCCUCUGGUACCUACUGCUCGGAGACAAGCCAAUGUGACAUAGGUUGUGUACCUGACUACUUCUCUCAGACCUGUGCUAACUACUUCUGUGCUAUAACCACCAAGUGUAAUGGACCUACUUGCACUGCUGUUAUUGUGCAUUAAAUUUAUACCCAUUUGUUUGAUGUGGAUGAUGUUGAGGUUCAUAAAGGUGAGAGACUUGCUGUUGGCUGCCUCAACACUGCUGACUGCUACUCUGCUCCCCUUAAUAUAAGUACAAGAUCAAGACAAGUGGAUGAGCCUCUGGACAUAAUUGUGUCAUACGUGGACGCUACCACUGCCCAGGAAACAGCAAAUAUUACCGACAAAUUGGUCAUAAGUGCAACUGUGAGGGAACAUCAGCUAGUUAACAUGAGCUACAAGGUGGACUGUGCCACAGCUUCAUCUAUUCCUACUGCCCUUGUUCCUACACCUUAUACACAAAAUACUUCUAUGUACUCCCUGAAAGGAACCCACAAUCUGACCUAUGUGAUUACGAGUAAGUUACUGGGGGCAGCAAGUAACUGGACCGGCCAAGCUUCAACAGUAUGUCAGGAACUUGUCAGUGAACCAGACUUAGUUGAUGAAUUUUGGGUUCCACUCUUCUACACAACUCCCUUCCACAUCACCUUUACUAAGGGUGCUCCACUCUUCUCUAGUCUUAACUGGGGCCCUCAAGUUGCAUAUACCUACUUUGCUAAUUCAACAAGCAUGGAUUGGGUAGUGCAACUGACUUAUAAUAAGACUGGAAAUUAUACUCUUCUUGGAAAUGCUUCCAAUGCUCUGAACUGGGUAAAUUACACCAGUUUGAUUCAUGUCGUCCCGGUAGUAGGUAACAAUUGGACAGCAACGCCUCUGUGCCCUUGCCUGGGUGUCAAAGAAGGAUUCAAUAUUUCCAUCAAUCUUACAGCUGCACCCAACCCACCUUUUUCAGCGAGCAUUUAUGCCACAUACAUGAAUGGGUCACUAUUCCCUAACGAGACGAUGGACUUUGGCACAUCUAGCGGUGGUGGUGUUGCUCGUGCUCUGAAUGAAAUCUUUCACACGAUCAUCCUUCAACCAGGCAACUAUACACUCACUUUCUUCCUCAUGAAUGAAGUCUCAAACACCACAUUUAAUACUACAGUGUUAGUGGAGGAUGGCCUAGCAAAUGUUACCUUCGCCACAAGAAUCCUGCUGAAUGGUGUCAUGUCUCCAGGCUUUGGUGAUGAUCAAAACAUCUUCAUGUACAAUACCUCCAUUUAUUUGCUACCAUCUGCACUGAAGGGCAUGUAUUUUUUUAAAAGCAGGAGGAACUUGCCCCUGGGGGGUUUAAAGGUUACAACACUGUCAAGGGGUGGGUUGUUCAAACAACGUGACGAAACAGUCGAAAUGGACUCUCAGGUUUUCGAACUGUCCGACGGGGGCUUUAUCAUUGGCCGUGCAGAGGGAAUAUACCAAGUAAGGGGGCUUGCUGUGGAUCUGAGAUAUUCCUUCAAUGCUGAGCUGCAGGUCGUGAUUGCAAACUUGCCUUGCAAUAUGCCAGAUGUUCAGAUAGUCAAUAAGGCUCCAUUUUUCACCCAGCCGGACAAAAAGGAAAACCAUUCACCCCUGAGAGCAGUGAUUAUGGAUGGGUCAGUGUUCAGUGUGAGCCGUGGCUAUGGUCAGUCCCUGGUUCUCAGUCCUCAAGAACUCUCUGUUGACCCUGAUAACCCAUCUGAUCAGAACUUUACCGUUACAUGGUGGUGUCGGCAAAUAUCCCCGAUAAUGGAAUCAUACCAAGUGAACAGUACUACCGGCAUGACAUUGGUUUACAACUUACAAACAGUGCCCGCUCCAAGAGCUGCACAAAAUCUAACUAAAAGAGGAUGCUUUGGCGUGGGUGCAGGCACUCUGAAGUACAGCUACGGGGACAUGAACUUAAAUACUUCAAGUUUUUACCUGCAUGACGCAACUUAUGAAAUUAUGGUGUGGGUUGUGAAGGAUACGAGAGCGGCGAACGCUUCUGUGCAAGUGGGUGUCACUCUUCAAAUCCCCCCCAGCAUCGUUAUACAGUGUGUGGAUGUAUCAAUUUGCUACCCGUACAACGGCGGCAUCCUUGUAAAUCCAUCUUCCCGAAUGGCACUCGUCGGCACCUGUGUGUCUCAGUGCGGCAAAACACUGGCUCUUCAGUGGACGUACAUGGAUAUGUCUGGGAACCCUGCAAAUGAUACCUGUAAUGCCUGUGACCCAGUUAACAAUCCAGUAUUCCUGACACCGACAACCACAUUCACCAUUGCUGCUACUCCACUAUUCUUUCAAAUCAAUCCGAGCAUAAAUAAGUUCCGAUUCCGACUUACGGGAACAACAGAAACUCAGUCAAGUGGGUUUGCAGAGAUGGUGGUGGUUUUGAACGCUCCUCCAGCAAGUGGGACAUGUACACUGAAUACCCUUAGUCUGCGAGCACUCAUUGAUUCUACAAUGGCAUCUUGUAACAACUGGAAAGACCCAGAAAACCUUGGUAUCCAGUCAUACACCUUUUAUUACCCUUCUGGUAAUACCCAAACAACUAUGGGAUCAUCAGGUUUUAGUUCUUUGAAUUUGAUCUUCCCCGUGGGUAUUUUCAAUGUCUCGUGCACUAUUACUGACAAUUUUGGAAGUUUUACAAAUGUGUUUCUUGGGACUGUGAAUGCCUCAAUGAUUACAAAGGCUCAGUACGAUGCUUAUAAUCCUUCAGCUGUACUUCAAAACUUGGCAUCAAUUGGUGAUCAGACAACGUUAGCGAUGGUUUUAAAUUCACUAGCAUCCAUUAAAUUGAAUGCUGAUUGGCUUUCACUAAAUGACAAUUCCUUUGGUAACUUAACAAGUGCUCAAGCCAGUAAUAGACUUAAUGAAAUAAGUAACAUGAAUACACAAGCACUUGAUUUUGCUGCUGAUACCAUGACUUUUUCUUCAUUAUCUCAACUUAAUGUCGGUGUCAGUGUCUUGAAGUCUGCCUCUUGUGGUGUCUUGACUCAAACAAGAGCAGCUUAUACAAUUGAUAUGAGUUUUAGGAAUAAAAGUCUACAGUUUAUGAAGAAAAUGGAAUUAGCAUUGAUCAACACUACUAUUUAUUCUCCAUACGACUUACAACCAUUUGUGUCCAGCUUCAUGGACUCUGCUGUAUGUCUUCUUAUAAGUAUGAAUGAAGUUAUUGUAAACCCUUCGCUGAGCCCACCUGGAGACUGGGCCAAGGCUCCAUCUCUGGAUUAUGAUACUGGCAUAAAUAAAAAAGAUACAAGCUUUGAGGUUCCAUUAAAUCCAACAGACCAAAUGAGACAGAAUAUAUUAGAAAUAACAAAACAACAAGCAAAGUCUGUGGUUAAGGAUCUGUUUACCUUAGUUGACUCUCUCAGCACAUUUAUCUUAAAUCUCACCGUUGCUGGGGAAACUGUUGAUGAUGAGUCGGAUAGUGGAGCAGGAAUGUAUGUUACUAAGAUCCAAGAACAAAAUUUAUUGGCUGCUGGAAUGGAAAUACGGCCUUCAAGUACUUUGAAUAUUUCGGUGAAUUUCCCUUCUAACUUCUGUGCCUCACACUACAGUGAUAUACUGACAACUUGCACAAACACUGCAGGUUUUACAGCUGUGGUCUGGCCUGUUGUAACUCAUGUUUAUCCACCAAGUAAUGUUUAUUUAUCAAAUCUGACUUCAGUCAUUUCUCUUAGUGUAUUUGCUGAGAGGGAGAAUGUCACUGUUGCAAAUCUAACACGGCCAGUAAUUCUGACAAUUCCUCGAAAAUCUCAAACUAUACCUAUGCCAAUUUUUGUGGAGGGGAACGUUGCUGUUAAUUCCCAUGUACCCUUUGUGUAUCACACUUUCAAUGUAUCCAAUGCUGAUUCUGCUUUCACAGUGGAGAUUAGUCCAAGCGGAGACACGACGCCAGACUUAGUUAUACUAUUAGACUAUGGACGACUGCCAACCCCUGCCAGGUAUGACAUGAUUAUCUCUGUCAAAAAUCUCACUGUUAACGAAAAUGGAACGUAUACAUGGUUUGUAGAUAACAUACAAAACAACAACAGAACUGGGAGACUGUUUCUUGCAGUUGCUAUGCUGAAGGAGGACUCUGUUAUUCCUGAACCUGAAACUAAUGAUACCUUGCAAAAGGAGGAUUUUGAAAACUUUGAUAUUAAUUAUGAUCUACGUGUGACAACAUCAGGCUGUUACUUCUAUAAUGAAACAAGUGAUAUGUGGUCAGCCUCUGGUUUGAAAUGUUUGUCGGCUAAUACUACACAUGUAGUUUGUGAAGCAUACCAUCUUACCCCGUUUGGGUCAGGAUACUUACCUACUCCAAACACAAUCAACUUUGAGUACAUCUUUGCACAAGCAGGCUUUAUUAACAAUCUAAUCAUCUAUGUAGUAAUCAUAAUUACUUUUGUUUUUUAUAUAAUAAUGAUGAUAUGGGCUCGUUUUAUGGACAAAAAAGAUGUACAAUAUCGAGGUGUUACUGCCCUGGGUGAUAAUAGUGUUGAAGAUAAAUAUUUAUAUGAAAUAACUUUCACCACUGGUGCUGACAAAGAAGCAGGAACAGAUUCAAAUAUCCAGUUUAUUCUCUCAGGAGAAUACAGUGAAACAGAUGUGAGACAUCUGCCACCAUCAGACAACAGACGUUAUCGUCGUUACAGCGUCGAUGCUUUUGUGAUGAGUACACAUGGUCCCCUUGGAGAUAUUUGUUACCUGCGUAUUUGGCAUGACAACAGUGGCAAAUCACCACAUGACAGCUGGCAGCUACAAACAGUAGUGAUUCGUGAUCUUCAGACUCGAGAUAAGUUUGUAUUUAAAGUGAACUCCUGGCUCAGUCUUGAUAGAGGUGAAAACAAGCUUGACAUAUUACUGAAGCCAUCUGACAUUGACACUAACGAAGAAUUUUCCACAGAGUUUUACAACCGAGGACACAGAACUGCAAAUGAAGAUCACAUGUGGCUGUCAAUAUUCUUGCGACCAACAGGCUCUCGGUUCAGCAGGAAAGAGCGUGUUUCUGUUGUUAUGUUGUAUCUCUACCUAUCAAUGUUGCUCAAUGCUUUUUGUUACCAGAGACUUCCUGAUUCACCUCGCUCAGGCGUGUUUGAAUUUAGUGCCUUGACAAUAUCUUUACAACAGACUGUUAUUGGUAUUGUCGCUGGUACUCUAGUUUAUCCUGUAACUCUUCUAUUAGGAUUUAUUUUCAAGAGAGCAAGACCUCUAAGGCUAAAGAAGUGCCGGGCUCUAGAAGCUUUAGCCAAGCAACGGAGAGACCAGCAGAAUGCCACUGAGACACAAAUUGACACAGGUGAGAUUCUGAACGAAUACGACGUAAUGUCCUUGCAGUCAUCAAAUAACCGCAGCAAAGAUGCGAGUCCCGUGACAUGCAUUCCUUGUUGGCUGCGGUGGUUAGCUUGGCUUCUCAUAUUAGGUGGCUUAGGCAUCUCUGUAUUUUUCGUGUGGUCAUAUGCAAUCAUGUGGGGAGAAAUCAAGACAGUCAAAUGGUUCUCCUCAUUUAUCACCUCUUUCUUCAUAUCCCUUCUUGUCACUCAGUGGUUAAAAGUAGCUUUUGUGUCAACACUUGGAGCACUUUGCUGCAAGAGUGCAAACACCUUAACCGAGGAUAUUGACUGUGAUGAGGAACUGCCGGAGCUUAACUACGAUGAAGAGUGGAAAAAUGUUAGUCCCAUGGAUCCCUCCAUCAAACGCAAGGCACUUAACAUCGGAGGAGUGAACUCCAGUGAACCGGAAGUUGUUUCCCUAACCACUCGUCUCACCAAGAAGAGAGAGAUGAACGAGGUGGUUCGAGACAUUGGCAUAUAUUGUUUGUUCUUAGUGGUGCUCUAUGUUCUUGUCAAUGGACCUACUGACCGUUAUGCUUUCCUCCAGCAAAAUUCAUUGGUGAAGUCCUUCAUCAGAACUGGGAAUAAAACGUUUGAUUUCAGUAAAAAGAUUACAACAACUGACAAAUAUUGGCACUGGGUACAAAGUGUGUUAUUACAGAAUCUUCGUGCCCAGCGAUGGUAUAAUGAUGAUCCUCCAUAUGGUCUCAGAGGAUUUCUAGAUGACCGAGUUAAUAGGAUUAUUGGUUAUGCAAUAAUUCGCCAAAUAAGAAGUGACCCACGAACAUGUCGAGUUGCCUAUAGCAUGAGAAACGUUGUGAGAAAUUGCUCAGGAAGUCGAGCAUAUGGCACUGAGGACACUAGAAAUUUCUGUAAUGGGUGGUCAGUAGAGGAAAAGGUUCCAGGUAAAUGCAAAUAUGAUCAGUUCCGUUAUAAGACAGAAACAGAGCUGCAGACGUAUUCCACAAGGGGCUUGCUGGGUACCUAUGGUGGUGGUGGCUAUGUAAUACAGUUGGACAAUCUUGAAACAGAAGACGUAGUACAACUGCAGACUAUGCAAGGUUUGGGGUGGAUUGAUAAGUACACUCGUGCAGUGAUGCUGGAAUUUUCAACCUAUAAUGUAAAUGUAAACCUCUUUACUAUAUGCAGAAUUGUUGCAGAGUUUAAUGAAGGUGGAGGUGUAUACACUUCAUGGAGAUUUGACCCUAUUCAGCUCCUGUCAACUGGGGGAAGUUUUGAAUUUAUCUUGUCCGUCUGUCAAAUAAUUUUUGUUGUUACUACAGUCAUGUCUACUUUAUGGGAACUCUGGAAGAUAAAAAAAAUGAAAUGUGAAUAUUUUGCAUCAUAUUGGCAUAUUGCUGAGAUUUGCAUUAUUUUAACAUCCUAUGCUACAAUUGCUAUUUAUAUUUACCAAUAUUUUUUGAUCAGAGAUGCAUUGGCAAUAUUUAAUAGCACAUUUGGCAAUGGCUAUGUCAGGAUGGAUGCAGCAGCACUCUACAGUCAAGUAUAUCUCUACUCACUGGCUAUCAUAGUAUUUUUCUCUACUCUGAAACUCAUCAAAUUGCUGCAGUUCAACAAGAGGAUAAACAUACUGGCCCUCACCCUUGAGAGUUGUUGGAGUGAGCUUGCCACUUUCUUUGUAGCAUUUGGUAUUGUUUUCUUUGCUUUCUGCUGCUUGUUCUUCCUCAUAUUCACGAGAGGUCUAGAAGAUUACUCCAGGUUCAUUGUUGCGGUUCAAUCCACUUUCGGAAUGCUGUUAGGCAAGUUAGAUCUUUCAGCGAUGGUUCAAGUCAGUCCCAUUGCCCCUGUAUUAUACUUUGUUUUUGCUGUUGUAAACACUAUAGUGAUGAUUAACAUAAUGCUUACCAUCAUUUUGGUGACUUUCACUCUAACUAAAUGGGAUUUGGAAUCACAAGAAAAUAAGUACGACAUUAUUAACUUUGUAUGGUCAAGAGUACGUCAGAAUCUGAGGCUAGAAAGAGAACCAGAUGCCAGUGUAGUCCCUGAUGUACAAGAUGAGUUGCAGAACAGUGCCACCUCAGAUGAUUCUAGUACAGAAGAACUUCCAGAUAAGGUGAGUCAGUUGAUGAAAUACAUCAGUGAUGUAUAUUUUGAUGGGCAACUUAACCUCAAUGACCCAGAAGCUGUGAAGCAGAUUGUUCAAGGCAGAUUACCUUCAGACUCCUUGCAGUCAUACACAAGGAAGUUCCAAAAUGCAGGACAAAAAUCUGUUCCCUCUAGUGACUAAUGGUUAUAUUUUACAAAAGGUUGUGACAUGAACUAUAUUUUCAGUUGACUGACAUUAAUAUAUCACAAUACUACAGCUGGAACCAAUUAGAAAUUAAAAUUGGACAUUUUGGUAUAUCUGAACCAUAAUGAAAUUACUUAGAGAUAUGAAUAAUUAGUAUACAUAUGUUCAUGAGUCAUAUAAUGCUAAGGGAAUGAAUAGCUUUGAUCUGAAGGGGACGGUAGCUCUAAUUCUUUGGAUCAAGAUUAUUAUUAUUAUUAUUAUAAUAAAAAAGAAGUGCUAAGCCACAAGGGCUAUACAGCUUUGGAUCAAGAGCCUUUCAUACAUUUCAAAGCACUCUCCUCAUUGUUGUUAUUUUUUUUUUUUUUUUUUUUUUUUUUUUAUCACACUGGCCGAUUCCCACCAAGGCAGGGUGGCCCGAAAAAGAAAAACUUUCACCAUCAUUCACUCCAUCACUGUCUUGCCAGAAGGGUGCUUUACACUACAGUUUUUAAACUGCAACAUUAACACCCCUCCUUCAGAGUGCAGGCACUGUACUUCCCAUCUCCAGGACUCAAGUCCGGCCUGCCGGUUUCCCUGAAUCCCUUCAUAAAUGUUACUUUGCUCACACUCCAACAGCACGUCAAGUAUUAAAAACCAUUUGUCUCCAUUCACUCCUAUCAAACACGCUCACGCAUGCCUGCUGGAAGUCCAAGCCCCUCGCACACAAAACCUCCUUUACCCCCUCCCUCCAACCCUUCCUAGGCCGACCCCUACCCCGCCUUCCUUCCACUACAGACUGAUACACUCUUGAAGUUAUUCUGUUUCGCUCCAUUCUCUCUACAUGUCCGAACCACCUCAACAACCCUUCCUCAGCCCUCUGGACAACAGUUUUGGUAAUCCCGCACCUCCUCCUAACUUCCAAACUACGAAUUCUCUGCAUUAUAUUCACACCACACAUUGCUCUCAGACAUGACAUCUCCACUGCCUCCAGCCUUCUCCUCGCUGCAACAUUCAUCACCCAUGCUUCACACCCAUAUAAGAGCGUUGGUAAAACUAUACUCUCAUACAUUCCCCUCUUUGCCUCCAAGGACAAAGUUCUCUGUCUCUGUAUUAUUAUUAUUAUUAUUAUUAUUAUUGAACUAACUUCACAAAAAAACACUAAAUUCUUGUGUACUGAAGGUUAGAGCCUUUAACGAUGCUUGUUUGUGUGUUUAUCAUAAUACAUCGGCAAAAUGCCUUAAUCUUCAGAAUACAAAACUUGACAAGAAUAUAUACAUCAAGAAAUGUAUUUCUCUUAGCCUAUAUAUGCAGAGAUUACUUGAUUCUUAUUUUAGGGAUUAAAAUAUUCUUGCCUAGUAGUGAAACAGUUGUGUGUGCAGUAGCUGAUAGUCUUUAAACCCCCAUUAACCAACCUAACUUAACUUGACCAUGACCUUUACAGUCUUAAUGUCAAGGUCCCCUGACCUUUCUUUUAAGUUCCUUCUCAGUUAUUUAAUAUUAUUACUAUGAAAACUAAGCUGUGAACUGACAAGGAUCAUACAAAUCCUCGCAAUUAUUAUAAUCAUGACAAAGUGCUAAACCCUUAAGGGUCAUACAGCUUUGCUACAGCUGCUCAAUUGUGGCUUGAUAAGUCCAUAUUGAUACAAAACUAGUUGAGUUUCACUUUAAAUUUAAGUUCUUGUUUUUGCUUAACAUGUUUGAAGAGUAUCAGAAUAUAGCGUUAUAAUUAUGGGGAAGCACUAAACCCAUAAGGGUCAUGUAGUGACUAGGGAACAAGAGGUAAUCAGGAUUUAUCUUCAAGGUUAUCUCUGUCACCAUUAAAGUAUGUAUUUCUAAUGUACCUCAUUGGUGUGGCUUCUAAUUAUCAUCCCUUCAUUAGAGGUACAGUACCUUGAUACAAGCAGAAGGUUCUUGAACCAAGGGAUAUCAAUUAUCUUCAUCCCUGAAUUGACCCUUAGGUGCUCUAUGACCCAUACAGUUUUAUUGCUUCCUCAUGAAUUAAUAGUAAUUCUUAAGAUACUGUGGAACCCGGAUUUCGUCCGGUGUGGAUAUUGUACAAUUCGGAUUUCGACCAAUUUUUGGGGUGAAAUUUUACCCUUGGUUUCAUACCUCUGCUCAGAAAUUGUCUGUAUCAGACGCGUCUGCCUGCCUGGGACACAGCCGCUCACACGUAUGUGACUCAGUCUACCUCUGUCACUUGUUCAGUGAGCAAUACUCUGUGCAUUCAUUGGAAACAUUGGUGGUAGAGGGUGGUAGUGGUUGUGAUGGUGGUAGAGUGUGGUUGUGAUGGUGGUAUUGAAGGCAAACAAUCGAAGAUGUUGAGAAGUUGUUGUUGGUGUGGAUCAACGAAAAACAGUUAGCGGGAGAUAGUGUUGUGGAGGCAAUAAUUUGCGAAAAGUUAUGGCAGUUGCAUGUACAUCUCUUAAAGAAUAUGCCAACAAGAGUCUUCAAUAAAGGUAAAAGUGAUUUAAAUGUUUAUUUAUCCAUUAAAAUUAGUGCUUUAUAUUUAUUUCUCAUUAUUUUCUGUAUGUAAAACUAUAGUUAUUGUCUAUAAAAUGUACUUUUUGUUAAUAUUUUUGGGUGUCUGGAAUGGAUUAAUUGGAUUUACAUUAUUUCUCAUGGGAAAUAUGCCUUCGGUUUUCGUCCAUUUUGGAUUUCGACCAACCUUCUGGAACGGAUUAACCCUUUGACUGUUGAGACCCCAAAUCCUGAAAUGUGUCUGUCACAAAAUAUUAAAAAAAAAAAAUUCUUAUGAAAUAAUACAGAAUCUUUUCCCGGUGGUAAUGACACCAAAAGUACAAAAUUUGACGGAAAACUUAUGGAAUUACACUCUCGCGAAGUUAGCAAUCUCAGGGAUAUGUUUGCAUCAGCAAUUUUGCCAACUUUGUGCCCCAUUUUUGGCCAGUUCCAUUGUUCCAGUUGACCAAACUCAUAGCUAUUUCUUUAGAACUCCAGUUGUUCUAUCAAUUUAGUACAAGAAACUGCCCAUUUACUGAUUUCAACUACCCAAUAAAGUAGUCAGAAUUUGGCAAUUUGGCCAAUUUCACACAAAUUAAAAAAAAAGCCAAUUUCAAAAUAGGGUCCAGAAUAAACAAUGCAGACAUUUCUGGCACUAAAAUAACAUUUUCUCUGUUCAUUAGUCACAUCUCCAGGCCCCUCUUAUAUUACUCUUGCUUUCUAUUUUGAAUUUUUAGUCACACAAAAAUAGAAGCUUUACUGUUAUGCAGACCACUGCAUUAUUGUAAUAAUUGUAUAAAUAAUGUCAACCCAUUCGUGACUGCAUAUUAGACCAGCCAGUUGGACACGUAUUGGACAGUGACAUCAUUUGUUUACUCUUGAACAUCAGCAAAGAUCGAACAUUUCCGCUGCUUUGAACUCAAUUUCACGGCCCUUUUCAUCUUGAAACCAAUCAAAAUCAUCUCUGUUUCUGUAAUAUAUCUUCAAUUCUUUCAAAUGAGACCACCCGGCAGGGUGGAAACAUAUCAACAUGUUUCCUUACACCUGUUGUUAUGUUCACCUAGCAGCAAAUAGGUACCUGGGUGUUAGGCAACUGGUGUGGGUCGCAUCCUGGGGGACAAGAUUGAGGACCCCAAUGGAAAUAAGUUAGUCCUCGAUGAUGCACUGACUGACUUGGGUUAUCCUGGGUGGCUAACCCUCCUGGGUUAAAAAUCCGAAGAAAAUCUUGUCUAUCUUAAGAAAACAAAAAUACAACCAUAAAUACUAUCCGAAAAUACACCUCAAAGUCGGCGUUUUAAUCCAAAAACACGGUCGGAGUUUUUUUCCUCAUUGUGCACUGCAGGGGGGGGGGGGAGGAUUUUUUUUUAUACUGCACACACUGACCACAAAGACCUAUUCUCUCACAUGUGGGCCUACCGGCUUUCUCCCGCUUGAUUUGAAACCACUAGAAUUUUGGCGUGUUAAUACAUCAAAAACACUGGCCCGUAAGACGUAUAUGUAUGUAUACAACACCGACAGUCAAAGGCUUAAGGACGAAAACCAGGGUUCCACUGUAUGUACAUGUAUUUACUUGUACACACUCAAACUCACGACACACAAGUAUGCAUGCGUACAUACAGUGGACCCUUGGUUGUCAGACAGAAUAGUUGUCAAGCAAAGCAGUUCGAUUUGGUUUUCGUACAUGGUCUUGGUUGUCGACCAACAAUGCUUGGAUCACAUAAUCGGAGUCCACAGUAUGGGGUCUCAGCCAGUAUAGCGACUAAUGCGCUUGCUGUAAACAUCUCGUGAGCUCUUGGUGUUCAUCUUGUGAAGGUAAUGAAACCAAAAGUACUAAAUUUGAGGGAUAACUUACAGGAUUACGCUAUCACGAGAUUAGCGGUAUCGGCAAUAUUUACACAUUGGCACUUUCACCCCACUUUGAGUAUUAUUUUGGGCCAGUUUCAUUGUUCCAGUCAAUCAAACUCAUAGCUAUUUUGCUAGAACUCUUAUUUAUUCUGUCGACUGAGUACAAGAAACUGCCCAUUUACCUAUUUCAACUACCCAAUAAAGUGAUAUGAAAUUACUAAUUUGGCCAAUUUCACAUACAAUUCAAGAAAGGCUUAAUUUCAGAAUAGGGUCCAGCAUAAAUAGUGCAGACAUUCCUGGCACUAAAAUAACGUAUUAUCUGUUUAUUAAUCACGUCUUCAGGCCCCUCUUGUAUUCUGCUUGCUUUUCAUUUUAAAUUUUUAUUCACAAAAAAAGAUUUACUGUUAUUCAGACUAUUGCAUAACCGUAAUAAUCAUAUAAACAAUCAGUGCACUUGCGAAUGCAUAAUAGACCCACCAGUUGACGUAUAUUGAACACGUGACGUGAUUUGUUUACUCUUGAACAUUGGCAAAAAUCAAACAUUUCCACUAAUUUGAGCUCAAUUUCAAGCUAUUUUUGGUCUUUAAACCAUUGAAAAUCAUCCCUAUUUCUGUAAUACAUCUUCCAUUCUGUCAAAUGAGACCAAGAAAUCGAGAAUACGUACAACCAUAAAUACCAUACAAAAAUACACUGCAAAGUUCCCAUUUUAAACCAGUUUUUUCUCAUGCACUGCAGGCUGCAUUUUUUUUUUUUAUACUGCACACACUGACCAUGCAGACCCAUUCUCUCGCAUGUAGGCAUACCAGCUCUGAUAUUUCUCCUGUUUUGAACUGGGCUAUCAGCACUGAGCAAUAUUCUAAAUGAGGCAGCACUAGCAAUUUGAAGUGUCACCAUUGGCAUUAUUUCCCUUGUUUUGAAAGUUCUCAAUACCCACCCUGUCAUCUUCCUGACUGUCAUGAUCUUUGUCUUGUUAUGGUCUUUAAAAGAAAGGUCAACUGACAUAAUUAUUCCUAGGUCUUUUAUGUGUUCCUUACAUUCUAUUUGGUGACCUUCUUGUUCUGUAUAUAGUGUCCCUUUUGAGUUUCUUCAUUCUUUCCAUACCUAAGCAGCUGAAGCUUAUUGAAUGUCAUGUUGUUCUCCACUGCCCACUGGAAAACCCUUCUUAUGUCUUGCAUACAUAUAUGCAAAUAUUCAUACAUAAAUGCACAUAUGCACACACACAUUUAAAUUUCUUAGCUAGCAGCAGUGCAAUUGAUUGUUAUUUAGAGGAUGGGCUUAAGAGUGAAGGACCAAUAUCAUUAUUAUAACCAGGUUGUUAAGUACCAACAAUUUUAGUCAUUAGAAGCCCUCACAUAUUGUGCCUUAUUACAUAUGUGCAACAUUGUUAUUGUAACAGAAGUACAUUAUAAUCAAGACUAAGCACUAAACCCACCAGGGUCAUACAGUGCUGAAUAGAA